CUGUUGGCCUCAGUCUUCAUUUGUUUUUGAAACAGUCAACACCGCUUUUCUCCGUCCAUUGAAAUGGCUCAGGAUCCCAGACCUUUGUACUUUGCCGUGGGUCCUGGCCCUAAUGAGAUCACCUGUCCCUAUUGUCGCACCAAGGCCACCACUCGGGUGGUGCGCUCCUGGCUGCGUUGCUGCACCAAGAGACAUCACUGUGGCGCCUGUGGGGAAUACCUGGGAGUGUACCGUCGCCCACAGCUGUAGAAUAUCUGUGACGAUGUCAUCCAAUCUACACACUAAACUAAUGAUCAUUGAUCAUCACACGGAGCAAAAAAUAUUUAACGAACAUUGAUAGCUUUUUCUUGUUACUAUAAUAAA